CUCCCAAGGCCAAAACACAAUAAGCACCCACCCAGUUCCUUCAAAAUUGAUCAAAACCAAACCCAACACAAAACAAACACACGCCAACCCUCACACACACACACUCUCUCUCUCUCUAACACCAACAACAGCAAAAUGGGUCAAGCCCCAUCAGGCGGGCUGAACCGCCCAGGCGGAGAUCGCAAAUCCGACGACGCAAACAAGAAGGAGAAGAAAUACGAGCCGGCAGCUCCUCCAUCUCGCGUGGGCCGCAAGCAGCGGAAGCAGAAGGGCCCAGAAGCCGCAGGUCGUCUCCCCGCCGUAACGCCCCUCAGUAAGUGCAGGCUCCGUCUCUUGAAACUCGAGCGCAUCAAAGACUAUCUUCUAAUGGAGGAAGAGUUCGUGGCCAACCAAGAGAGACUCAAGCCCCAGGAGGAGAAGAACGAGGAGGACCGAUCUAAGGUCGACGAUCUCCGUGGGUCCCCCAUGAGCGUCGGAAAUCUCGAAGAGCUCAUCGAUGAGAAUCACGCCAUCGUGAGUUCGUCGGUGGGGCCUGAGUACUACGUUGGGAUUCUUUCGUUUGUCGAUAAGGAUCAGCUCGAGCCUGGCUGUGCUAUUCUUAUGCACAAUAAGGUCCUUUCUGUGGUUGGGCUUCUUCAAGAUGAGGUUGAUCCCAUGGUGUCCGUGAUGAAAGUUGAGAAGGCUCCACUGGAGUCAUAUGCUGACAUAGGUGGGUUAGAUGCCCAGAUUCAGGAAAUUAAAGAAGCAGUGGAGCUUCCUCUUACUCAUCCUGAACUGUAUGAAGACAUUGGUAUUAAACCCCCCAAAGGAGUCAUACUAUAUGGGGAGCCUGGCACAGGAAAAACCUUGCUUGCCAAGGCAGUGGCAAACUCAACGGCAGCUACUUUCUUGCGCGUGGUUGGAAGUGAAUUAAUCCAGAAAUACUUGGGUGAUGGGCCUAAAUUAGUCAGGGAACUCUUUCGAGUUGCAGAUGAUCUUUCACCAUCAAUUGUCUUCAUUGAUGAGAUUGAUGCAGUUGGCACAAAAAGGUAUGAUGCACAUUCAGGUGGUGAACGUGAAAUCCAGAGGACAAUGUUGGAAUUGCUGAACCAAUUAGAUGGUUUUGAUUCAAGAGGAGAUGUCAAAGUGAUUCUUGCUACAAAUAGAAUCGAAAGUCUUGAUCCUGCCUUGCUUCGUCCUGGUAGAAUUGACAGGAAGAUUGAAUUCCCUCUGCCAGACAUAAAAACAAGGAGACGUAUUUUCCAGAUACACACAUCAAGAAUGACAUUGGCAGAUGAUGUCAACUUAGAAGAGUUUGUGAUGACUAAAGAUGAAUUUUCUGGGGCUGAUAUCAAAGCAAUUUGUACCGAGGCUGGCUUGCUUGCAUUAAGAGAGCGCCGUAUGAAGGUGACACAUGCAGACUUCAAGAAAGCCAAGGAAAAGGUGAUGUACAAAAAGAAAGAAGGGGUGCCAGAAGGGCUCUAUAUGUAGAAGGUGGCCAGUUCCACUGGCCGGAAAAUACAUGUGCAUCCUCAUUGUUGUUUUUAGCUUUUGAUGUCAAAUUAAUUUGAUGCACUUUUCAAAAAAAAAAAAAUGUCAAAUUAAUUUGAUGUGAAAUAUUUUGCUGAACAGUAGAAUGCCAACAUCUAUUUUUUGGACAUCACUAGUAUUGAAUUUAGGCCCUACCAUGGGUUGACUAAGAAAUUUUAA